UCAAUUCACACGGAUCUUAAGACUUCCGCCCUAAUAAAGACAACAUUUUUUAUUUUUUAUUUUUAGUUUUUCUGUUGUUUGAUUUCAGCGUUUGUGCUGCUUUUUGCCAUCGAAAGUCUGAUGCGAUUCCGCCCUUAAUCGUUGAUCCGAAGAUACAGUUUCUUUCCAGCGAAUUUAAUCUGUUGAGAUUUGAGAUUAUCGUUUCAUCGGGAAUUUAAUGAGUUACCUUAGGGUCCUCAUCAUCCUCCUAUGUGCGAUAGCAGCAGCUGGGUCAUGCUUACCUUCCGGCUCCUCCGUUGUCGUUCGCGAUCAUCAUCAUUAUGAUAAAUUGGAGGGUGUUUUCCGAUGCGGAAUCGGGAGAAAGUGUCAUCAUCAUUCUCUGUUCCCCAGACCUCCUCCUUUACAGGUGGAUGGGGACUUGCUAGACAGACUCAUCGAUGCACAUAACCAUCAAAAUGGUUUUACUUGCAUACUAUUUUAUGCCUCCCGUUGCCCCUUUUCUCGUUCACUACGCCCCAAGUUUGAUCUUCUGAGUUCAAUGUUCCCCCACAUACGCCACCUUGUUGUUGAGCAGUCUCAGGCUUUACCAUCUGUCUUUUCUAGGUAUGGUAUCCAUAGCUUUCCUUCAAUCCUCAUGGUGAAUCAAACAUCGAGGAUGCGACACCAUGGUCAAAAGGAUCUUGCAUCCCUUAUUCACUUUUACGAACAAACAACAGGUCUUAAACCUGUCCAGUAUGUGGAUGAAGGUGAACAAACAAGCCUGGAAAACGAUGGUAACCUGAUCACAUGGCUACACAACGGGUCAUCUAUCAGAGAAAUCGCGGAAAGAGAUCCAUAUUUGCUACUUUCACUCAUGUUUCUGUCUUUGAAACUGGCAAUUUCGAUAUUCCCCAUCAUGGGAGCGCGCUUGAAAACGUUAUGGGCAUCUCAUGCUCCGCAUCUGAGCUUGGGAAUACUCGGUGAGACUAGCCAACUGUUUGGCCGUGCCAUGCACAUGAUCGAUGUGAGGAGGCUGUGGAUUAAACUGCGACUCACCAAAACAAGGAACUUCCAAGAGAGAGCAAAGAACGCUCUUGCAUCGGUCUCGCUAGGAAAAUCUACUUCACAAUCAGCCUAGAUUAGAGGGUGGUUCAGAAAUCCUUCAUUACCUAUGAGCUUAGUUAGGUUACAUUACCUUUUGUCGACGUGUCUUAACUUUGGAGUUCUUGUCUCUGUAUGUAAAUCAUGUUUUGCUUAUUUGUGAAUAUUAAUCAACGGUUUGGUUUAAUUGGUGCUAAAGGUGGACACCUGGGUCGUAUAUGUGAAAAAAGAAACUUGUCAGACUUGUGGAUCACUCUGGUUCACACAUGUAGAAGUUUCGCUUUCCUGUCGUUUUUGCGUGUUGUGUAUGGCAAUUGAAUCUCUCUGUUUAGAUCUUA